AUGUUUGAUGAUGACGUCCCUGGUCAUGAGAGCCACGAGGAGAGUCGUGCCUCAUUGGUUAGGGAUUUCGGUGACGAGUAUGCCCCCGAUUUCGAGCAUGAGAUGCCUGAGCACACUGGUGUCAACGAGACACUUCGGGAGCAUCAAAUAUAUGCCAAGUUUGGGAAUUUUGAGUUAUGGUUUACCCAAGUGGCAUUUAUGGGCCAUGUAGUAGCAACCACUGGAAUCUCAGUGGAUCCCUAUAAGAUUAAGGUAGUAUUAGAGUGGGAACCACCUAAGAAUAUCACUAAGGUGCAUAGUUUCUUAGGCGUAGUAGGGUAUUACCAUCAUUUUGUUAAGGAAUUCUCCAUGAUUGUGGCAUCAUUAAGUAAGUUAUUUCAAAACGGAGUUCCUUUCGUUUGGACUGAUAAGCACCAAGAAAUUUUUAACCGGCUAAAAGAGAUUCUUACGCAAGCCCCUGUUUUAACCCAGUCAAAAUUGGGUAAAGAUUUCACCAUAUUCAGUGAUACAUCUCUAAAUAGGUUAGGUUGUGUUAUGAUGCAAGAGGGUAAUGUUUUGGCCUAUGCAUCUUGUUAUCUCAAGCCUCAUGAACGGAACUACCCAACUCACGACUUGGAACUCGCCGUAGUGGUUUUUACCUUGAAGAUUUGUAGGCACUACUUGUUUGGAGAGAAGUGCCACAUCUUUAUGGAUCACAAAAGCCUUAAGUACCUACUUACUUAG